GAACUAUACGUCCAACACUCACUUCAUCGCCCCUGGGGUCCUUGUGGUCGCUUUACCCGCAUAGUAGCGUGCAUCCGCCACACGCAUCCGUGCCUGCCACAAUAGGAGCACGCUUCCACCACGUGCAUCCGUGACGGAGGUCGAGCAGAGAGCGUACACUACUGACUGGAGGCUGGGAGGAUCUGUAAGGACGAGAUCGCUUGACUUGUCCAAACAUCCUCUUUAGAUUAGUUUAUGGAGGUAUUAUGGCAGCAUGUAGAUGGAGGCCGGGACGCGGGUUGUCAUCCGCCACAUGCAUCCGAUCGUGGCAAAGGACGCACGUUACUAUGUUCAUCGAUAUAUCCAAGCCAGCGUGAAGAAAUAGCACUAUUCCUACAACCUCACUUAGCCAGCGCUAACCUAGAAAAGUUGAAGAGUGCGAUAGAGGAACUCAACAAUCAGGCUGCAGGUACACUGCAUAUUUCUGGGCUGGGAGUUACGUACAUGAAUAGCGUCUCGACGAUAUAUCCACUACAUCACCUGACUUCGGAUCGGCUCCUUAUGCCCGUGCUUCCUUUCGAUAUAAAACUACGCUGGAGAAGUCCCAUAACCGCUCUUCAGUGGCCAGGAAAUCGGUGCAGGUUAAAAACAGUGUGUCGAAACAUUGCAUGUGUGAACCGGUACAAACCAACCUCGCAAUGGAGUAAAAUCCGGUUGGCUGGCGUGCCGAUGGGAGAGAAUCGGGAGCGUGCUGAACAAGGUGGAGGUUACCGCCAAAUGGGGGAGGACCUUGGGUGCACUCACCGCGCGACCGUGAUGACCGUCUCCUUUGCAUGCUCCCCCUAAACGCCCGUAUGAAUUAGCACUACUCUCAACCAAUACUUCCAUCAACUCA